AUGUAUUCUGCCGAUAAUAAUAACUGUAAUUCUAUUCGAAGUGUACUUUUUGAUGCUGCCAUACAACUUAGUGUACCUACAGUUACAUCUACAGCCUCAGCUGCCACUAAAAUACGUGCUUAUUCAACGACAGAAGAAUCUAUACGAUCAUCACGUUCUCGUUCUCCUUCAGCUAAUUCAAGACCUAGUCUUUCAUCAAGUUCAACACAUGUUUCUCGACGAUCUAAUUUGAUAAAACCCAAAGUUCUACGUGAUGUAGCUACACAAUCAUCUCCAAUACUAAUAGAAGAUGAUGAAGUUCAACGUCGACCUAGUCAUUUGGAUUUAAUAUUAGAUAAUAAUAAUAAUCCAACACAGACAUCAUCUAUAUCAGAAACAUCAAAAGAAUAUUUAUGUGUACCACAAGAUAAUCAAUAUAGAAUCUCACCAAGUUCUUCUCCUACACAUCAUGGUAGAUCAUUAAAAAAUACUUUACGUGGUAUUUGGCAAGGUUUGAAUAGUGAUGAAUUGAGAUCUGCUGCAUCAUCACCAAUUGAUCCAAAAUAUUUUGAUGAACGAAUUCGAAUAAGUACUCCAAAUUGGAAAGCUUUUUCAAAAGUAGUUACUUCUUUACUUACAUUCACUCGAACAAAACAAGGACAAUAUGAGUGGAUACAAUUAGUAGGUCAUCCAGGAACAUUCAAAGAAGGUCUUCAUGAGGGUUAUAUUUUGAAAGAAUUAUUUGAACAAGAACAACAGUGUUGUGAAUUACUUCAAAAUGAUCUUUUAAAAGAUUUUGUUCCAAAAUAUAAUGGAACUGUUACUGAUGAAGAAGGAAAACAUUAUAUUGAAAUGGAAGAUUUAUUAGCUUCUUUUCAAGAUCCAUGUAUAAUGGAUUGUAAAAUAGGUGUACGAACUUAUUUAGAAGAAGAUCUUGAUAAAUCAGAACGUGAUCCAGAACCAAGAGCUGAUCUAUAUGAGAAGAUGAUUGCUAUUGAUCCAACAGCACCAACAGAAAAAGAAAAUGAAGAAAAAAAAGUGCUUAAACCACGUUAUAUGAUUUGGCGUGAAAGUUUAAGUUCAAGUCAAGAUUUAGGUUUUCGUAUUGAAGCUAUUAAAAAAUCACGUGGUCUCAUGUCAAAAGAAUUUCAAAGAAUUAAAGAACGAACUGAUGUACGAAAACAUUUAACAGAAUUUAUUGCUAAUUCAAUAUCACGUGCUACUCAAUAUCUCAAUCGUCUGAUUCAAUUACGUUCGACUUGUUUUCGUUCAAAAUUCUUUAAAACUCAUGAGUUAAUUGGUUCAUCAUUAUUAUUUAUUCAUGAUACAACUCGAGCAUCAAUAUGGAUGAUCGAUUUUGGUAAAACUCGAUUAUUACCCGCUGAGAUUCAUAUAACACAUUCAAAACCAUGGGUACGUGGUACACAUGAAGAUGGUUAUCUUAUUGGUUUAGAUAAUUUAAUUUUCCUUUUUCAAGAAAUAAUUAAUGAUCUAAAAUUGACUUAA